CGCCGGCUGUAUUUGUCAAUUUGUCAUACUCAUUUCUUUUAUUUUAUUUGUCAAAGUCAAACUCGCUCAAACCGGUGGCUCAAACCAAGUUUAUAAAACAAGUGGAAAUAUUUUUAAAUUACUCUUAUUAUCUAAAGAAAUAUAAAAAUAUGGCUCGUGAAAGCAGUGCCGGGUUUGAUAGGCAUAUAACUAUUUUCUCACCUGAAGGGAGACUCUACCAAGUCGAAUACGCGCUGAAGGCUAUAAACCAAGGCGGGUUGACGUCGGUGGCGCUGCGCGGCGCGGACGCGGCGGUGGUGGCGGCGCAGCGCAAGGUGCCGGACCGGCUGCUGGACCCAGCCUCUGUCACUCAUCUGUUCCGCCUCACUGACCAUAUAGGAUGUGUGAUGACCGGAAUGACUGCGGACAGCAGGUCGCAGGUGCAGCGCGCGCGCUACGAGGCCGCCAACUGGCGCUACAAGUACGGCUGCGACAUCCCCGCGCACAUCCUGUGUCGCCGCAUCGCUGACAUCUCGCAGGUGUACACGCAGAACGCCGAGAUGAGACCACUGGGCUGCAGCAUGAUGCUGAUUGCAUACGACGAGGAGAGUGGUCCCUCUGUGUACAAGACGGACCCCUCGGGCUACUACUGCUCGUACAAGGCCGUGGCCGCGGGCGCCAAGGCCACGGACGCUAACGCCUACCUGGAGAAGAAGCUGAAGAAGCGCUCGGACCUGUCCUCCGACGACGCGGUGCAGCUGGCCAUCGCCUGCCUCUCACAAGUGUUGUCCGUGGACUUCAAGUCCUCGGAGAUAGAGGUGGGGCUGGCCAGCAAGGAGGAUUCCAAGUUCAAGGUGCUGACUGAGAGUGAAAUCGACAGACAUCUAACCGCCAUCGCAGAGAAGGAUUAAAUGCUUUUUAUUAUUAUUCAAGUCUAUGUAUAAUUUUAAUAAAAAAAUCAAUCA